UUCAGGGUAAUGGUACAAGCAUUAACCUGACAGAAAGACCUGGGUGACCUGACUGUGGAUGUAAAUACACGAGUAAAACAUGAUUAAAUAGAAAUAAUCCCUUUUUUUGAUAGUCUAAAUUGAUCGAUUUUUGUUCAAUAUGUCGGACUCAGAAGAUGAAGCACCAGACAGACAGCUCAAAAUUGUUAUCAUGGGAGAUGGUGCUUCAGGAAAGACAUCACUUGCUACUAGAUAUGCACAAGAACAGUUUGGUAGGCAGUAUAAACAGACAGUUGGAAUUGACUUUUUCCUGAAAAGAAUAGUUUUACCAGGAAAUGUUCAUGUAGCUUUACAGGUAUGGGAUAUAGGAGGACAGACAUUAGGUGGUAAAAUGUUAGAAAACUACAUAUUUGGAUCACACGGUAUUGUGUUAGUUUAUGAUAUUACAAGUUAUGCAAGCUUUGAAAAUUUAGAUGAUUGGUAUUCGUCACUGAAGAAAGUAUUUGGAAAAGAAACAAAAUUGCCUCAUGUAGCUUUAGUUGGAAAUAAAAUUGAUUUAGAACACAUGAGAACUGUAAAAAUAGAUAAGCAUCAAAAGUUUGCUCAAGAAAAAGGAAUGUCAAGUCAUUUUGUCUCUGCUAAAACUGGGGAUUCUGUGUCACUGUGUUUUCAGCGAGUAGCAGCAGACAUACUUGGUAUAAAAUUGACUAAGCCUGAAGUGGAGCAACAUCAGAAAGUGAUCAAGGCAGAAAUUGUACAAUAUAAGAACGAAGCUUCGGCUAAACCUGUCACAAAUAAACCUCAGAAAAGUUCUCUAUGUUCGCUACAAUAAUGAUACGAUGAUUCAUCUCUGCUGGUUCGGAGAUUUGGAACAGUGCAUUUGGAUUUUUUUAUUUUUCUUCAUGCUUUGGGGAAAGAAUGGAAAACAAAGGAAAUUUUAGACAAAAUGUUUGUGGGUGUUAUCAGUGGAAAUUUUUUUUUUUUUAUCAAUUUUAUCGAUCUUUAAUCUGGUAAUGUUUGUAUUUCACCACUUAAAAUAGUCCUGAUUUAUUUGACCACAAAGUAAAAGUUAUUUCCUUUACAAUAUAACUCUAUUAGGCAAAGUAGAUGUUUAAAUAUUUAGACUAUUUUGUUUUUGCUUAUUUAUUUUAAGACCCCAGAUCAUUUUAUUUAAAUGUACUUGGUUAAGAGAAAGUUUUGAUUUCUUGAAUACUUGAUGAAGGUUAUUUUAGUUACCCCUGUAUAUGUCACAUGCACUUAAAUCAUUAUAUUAUGACUACAACUAUGUAGGUUUCACUAAGGGUGAACUGUAGUUGUUACCCAAUUGUCCCAUCUACCCAGUAUCCAUUGUUUGGUAUAAAUUAAAUGAUACAUUUUAAUUGUAUAUACGAUUAAAUUUCAGUUUAUUUUUUAUGUAAGUUCACUUAACCCAAGUUUUCAAUUAUGGCUAUUCAGAUCGACACUCUCAAUUGUUUAAAUGUUUUGUUUAUUUUACUAUCAAAACUUUUGCCUCCAAGUGUACCUUAUCAAAAUUAUUACAGAAAUGUGUAAUGUGCAUACCUCCACAUUCUACUAAAGAUUUUCAGUAGGGACCAAUUCUAGUAAAGUUAGCAAAUUUCUUUGUAUCUUGUAUUGUAUGUUACAAGUAUACAAUUUUUGUUUUAUAGUGUCCAAAUUGAUAAUUUAUGGCAGUAAAAAAAAUGGUGGGCUAUUUAGAAAAAAAUUAUAUAUGUCGAAAUAUCAAGGAUUGUUAUAACAAAUUCUUUCUAAAUUAUUGGAUUGAUUUCAAUGAAACUAAAGGUUGUAGAUUUUAUAAAAUGGGCAUGAAUCAAAAUAAUUCUAGUUAAACAAAGAGGAUAUAAUGAAUUGGUUAUAGCAGUGUUAUCAUUUUGUAAACAUGCUCACUGCGACACAGUAACUCUUUUUUUUCUCAGCAGUGUUCUGAGUUUUUUUUGAGACAGAGAACUUAUACAAAUAUUCUUCUGGUACCUUGUCCUGUACAGUCCUCAUAAAAACUUUUGUGAUUUACUGUUAAAAGGAAUUGUCAAAACUCACUUUACGCUGGACGUUUAAAAAAAUCAAACACUGAAAGUAUAUAUUAUUGGUCUUAUUCAUAUUCUGGUUAUCUGUUUAUAGUAUUCCAUUAUUGCUGCAUUUAUUAUUCUAACAUCAGGUUUAAAGUUAAAAACAUGUAAUAAAAAAAAAUCAAUCACUUAUUUUUUGUAUGGACUUUAUGUAAAAUGGCAACAUUAAAUACAAUUCUAUGUAGGAAUCCGAUAGUCAGUGGCACAUGUAGAAAUUAAAAUCAUCCUCUAGGCUAUCGUAGAUAUAGUUUGUUGGGAAGGUAGUCAUUUCACAUUCUUUGAUAAAUGGAACUUUAUUUUAUCUACAUUAUGAUACUCACAUUUUUAGUAAUUUUUGUCUGACUCCAAUUGGAAUUGGACUAUACAUAGGUUUAUCAUAAAACUUCACAUAUUUGUUUAUUUAGCAGACAAGGUGGUUAUCUUGUGACUCAUUUUUCCUAAAGGACAAGACUUUUACUAGCCAAUAAUUUCAAUAGAUGGCAAGCAUUUACAAAAAAAAAUUAACACAUAAUCUGAGGGCUGUACACAUUUUCAAAUAAGAGUUAACAAUGAUACAAAUGGUGAAAAAUUGGUAUUUAUAUGUUAUGAUAAGUCUUAAGAUUAAAAUGGUAAACAAAUUCUAUCAUGUUUGUAAUAUAGCAUUAUCCCUUCAUUAUUUCUUAUUACCUCAAUAUGUCACAAAGUUCAUUGGGAAAGAUUUACAUCCAAAAUUUGUUAGUAGUUCUUAAUGGUGAAUUUAAGAAAUUGUUGAAGACAGCUAAUUACACACAUUCUGUUUUAGUACAAAUUAUCUGUUCCACAAAAAAUAUGCGUGAGAUAUUAAAAUGCAAUAGUUUUGUUUGGAAAUUUGCGUCCUUUUUCAAAUUGACAAUUAAAGAUGAAAAAUAUUUAUUAGACUGAGUAAUAGUUUUUAGUUCUUUUUUUUUUUCUCUUUUUUAAUGUGAGGAUUUGAAAAUCAAAAUUAAAGUAAUUGAGUAAGAUGUAUGUUUUGUUGUGAGAAGUAACCUGAAUCAGUGUUCUGUUUUAAUGAGGAUGCUUAAUUUGGACUAGAUCUGUAAAAUUAUUAUUAUUUUCCUGCAUGAUAGUUAUUACAAUAGUCAAGUUAUUAUAAGACAAUCCUAUCUGCUCCGUGAAAAUGUACCUGUUCAAGUACAGAUUUCCUGAGAUUAAUGAAUUCUAAAAUUUUUUACUGAAGAACCCUAUAUGUUUUUGUUAGGACAUAUACAUUAUUUCAAAUUAACUUUUUUAUGCUUGAAGUAAAUCUAGACCUGAUCUGAUUGUUGGUCUUGAGGAGUAAAUUUCAUUUUUCUACACAAAAGUGUUGCCAAUCAUUGGCCAUUUGUUAAAUUUAGUAAGAUGUUCAAUCUUUUAAGUGUAUUUGCAUCAAAAUAAGUCAGAACUCUAUACUUCUAAUCUUAUAAACUAGGUAGUGGCGGUUUAGAGGAUUGUCUAAGAGGGUUUCUCUUAAUCACUGUAAAAGGAAGGAAUGUCUAUAACAAAAUGGCAAGGAGUUUAUCUACCAGAAGAUUUGCUAUGAUUUUCAUUUUUGUUAUAACACUUUUAAUUUUAUGAGAUUGUAAUAAUUUCAAAUAUGUGUGAAUAACUGAAUUCAUCCUGGUCUGUCAUUUUGUGAAAGAAACUCAUAAUUUUUAAGGAAUAUUGUAAUUUUCAUUAUUUUGUAGAGAAUUUACAAUAAAUUGUAUCAAUGAAAUAAUCACAUACCAACAUACUCAUAAAAUCACUAAAAGGUGGAUUAAAGUUUAAAAAAAGAUUUUUGUAAUUAUUUUUUAUACUAAAAUUGGAAUAUUUGGCAAUUGAUAUUGAUUCAUAAAAGAAAUUUGACAGCAGCAACUUGUUACAUAACAUACAUGUAGCAUUGUUUUAAUAAGGCUUUUUAUCUAUGAACAUGUGUUUAUAAUAUGAUCAUAAAUAGUUCAUUUUCAACAUUUUUCUUUCUAGUUUCAGUACUCUCUCAGCUUUUCCUAACUGUAAACAUUUGUUUAUUUAUUUUUGUUUUUGAAGGUUGUAUCUGUCAUACUUGUAUCAACCCUUUCACUUAUUUAAUUCAUUCCAGAAAAAGUUCUCAUAUACAUAAAGUAUAAAUAUGAUCAAGUUAAAUCUGUUAAGAAUGUAAUAUAAGUGCUAACAAAAUCCGAAAUAACACAUUUGUUGAUUAAUUGUAUUGUUUUUACAUUGUAUAUGGUAAGUGAAGGAUUUCAGUUAUAAGUGGAUAUUUUUUUAGAUUUCCACUGCUUUUUAGUUUUUGUUUUCAAUAUACAGAUUGCCACUCUUAGGUAGCAUUACAGUAAUUCCAGUAGAAAGUGUGUUAUUGCAGAACUUUUUCUGGAAUGGACCAGAAGUGUUGAUCUGUGUAUUGAUAAGACUUUCAGUCAUUGUUGUAUUUUUAUUUGUUGUGUAUUUUAAUUGUUUGUUUAUUUAUGAUAAGUUCCCUCUCAUUUUGUUGUCACAUAUCACCUGCAAUAUUUUUAUUUUAUUUUGUGUACAGAAUCAUUGAUUUAGUAAAUUUGAUUUGAUAUAUUGUUUUUUAAAUGUUACAGUUCCAAAAUAACACCAGUAGAGGUGUGAAAUGACAUCAGUUAAUCUAAGCUGGCAUACAGGUUGAAUUUACUGGUAAAAUUAUUUUUGCAUUUAUAUCAAUAAGGUAGUUGUGUUGAAUCUCUUACUUUUUUAUUUAAAUGAAGAUUUUGAUCUUUUAAAGACUGUGAAAUAUGUUGUUUUUUUAUUUAAAUUAUUGUAAGAAAACAUACAUGGCAUGAUAAUUUUAAAACAUUUUAUUGAAACAGAGUAGCAGGUUGACAAAGUAAGAUCAGAAAAAAUUAAUGAUACAUGUAUAUAAAUGAUUAAAAAAAAUAAUUGAUAUAUUGGACCCUUUGCAAGAAAAUAAGUAUUUGGUUAAGGGUUUCUAUUCUUAAAUGGAGAAAUAGAAUAUUGAAUGAUGAUAGGCAAUUAUCUAAAAAAAAAAUUAUGUGCAUUGGAUAUUUCAAGAUAUAAUAGUAUAAGUAUAUUUACUAUUUACCACUUAAAUUUCUACAAAUCUGUACAGUAAAUGUAUUUACUGUAGUAGUGUGUAAUACAUUUGAUAGUGUGAUAAUAAAUUAACACAUAACAAAUCAGUGCACCAUACAAUGUAAUUUUGUUAAAAUUGUGCAGGUAAAAUGAAAUAAAAAUUGACAUUGGUAAGGAUUAACUUGAUUGAUUAUUACAUGUUUAUUUCAUAUAGAAAAUCAUAUAUGGCCACAUUGAAUUGAGUUCUAUAUUCUUCCCUCUCCCCAUCUGGGUUUUGUUUUCUUUAAUAUUAUAUUUUAAUUUAAUUUUGAUUGUAUUAUUCCUUGAAAUUACUGGCAGCUUUAGUGAAGAAAAAAUAAAUCUACCAUCCUUAACCAAAUUGUCUUAGAAAAGAGGAUGGGAAUCUAAAAAUUAUUUUGAUGCGACUGUAGUACAGAAAAUUUCAUAUAGUCCAUGGUGAUGUACUUAGAAAGUAGUGAUUGGAAUACAGUUGUCCCUUCUAUUUUUUUUUUAAGUCCCCACAGUCAAAAGUCAAGGCAUAUAACAUAAGUAUAGUACAUGUAUCAUUUAUGUAAAAUGGGACUUAGUUUGAGGGCACAUCUGCUUAUAGUCUAGAACUUUGCCGCCUAUUGCCAGCCAGAUGAGACAGGACAAACUGUAUUCCUAUCACCUUUUAUUCUUUAUAAAUGAUUUGGCUGAUCAGGAUCAAUUUUGAAACACAAUUUAUUUUUCCAUCCAUAUCUUUGUGCAUGUAUUAUGUAAAAUGUUUGGAUGGAUUUUGCUAUUGAAUGAAUUUAAAUUGGCAUGAUGCCAGAUUUUUUGUUGUUAUUGAGAUCAGUAUUAUCUGAUGUUUCACUGAAUUUACUGAUUAAAUCUAUACACAAAAUCA